GUCCCAUUUCACGUGAAGUCAACAUCAAACGUAAACUGCAUCUUCAACCUCCAUUAAACCUCUUCACUACCCCAUAUCCUUUACGUCACCAGUAGAUUUGAUUUUGAGGGAUUUCUUCUGGAGCUGCAGCAUAAUCACAUCUUUCGGGCCUCAAAAUCCCCUGGCAAGGCACCCAGUAGCCACGCGCAACGGGCAUGUCGCGGGGCCCAGUUUCUUCUCAGCUUCACUUGCUGUCAAAUCUCCCUGCUGUACCUAUCGGUGACAAAGUCAGAUUCCUCGGAUGCGUCACUUCUUACUCAACCUCUUCGGCCUGUCUCUUCCUCAGUCAUCUUUAUCCAAGAGAUAGCAAUGCCACUGCUGUGGUGGAUGUCAGCCUGCUUCUAGAAUCCCUCACAGCUGAGCAAACACGUGUCGGCGAGUUUGUCAACGUGAUAGGGUAUAUCACAGAGCAAAAGAUGACUCGUGAUAAGAAACAACCAUACCAAGAGUCGAAACAGGUGUGUGUGCAAGCCAUAGUCCUCUGGUCAACUGGUCCCAUGGACCUUCAGAAGUACGAAAAGCUUCUCGAUUCCAAAUGAGUUAGCAUGAGGCAUGUAGCGCAUGCAACCAACAAACUGUGGGAUUAUCAGAUCCAACUUUGAUUCAUCGCUAUUUACCUAAACUUGCGCACGAUCACACAAGCAUGGCAGCAUAUAACUUAAAAUCCGAUUGGAACACGAGCCGGGUCCCGAAUUUGACAACUCCACUCCUGUACUUUUGUGCAGCUCCAGCUCGACCUGCUACAUGCCCAAAACAAAUGUAAUUUGGGCAGUAUUUGCACUCAAAUGGUUUCUGUUGGGUUGGAAUCAUGCCAGAUGGCACCGCAUCUGUGGACAGACAUGGCAACCACCAUGACACUUGCUUAAUUUGACUCAAUUGGGUAUCUCAUCCUCCACAUAUCUAUAUUGGGCACCGGACAGCUUCUGCUUCAUGGCUAUUUGCAGUCAGCAACCCUUUGCUUCACCGCACUCUAGCAUUCCAACACAAAUUGUUUCACGGGCCUCAAAGUCUGGGGUGAUGGCUGCAGCUGCCAGCCCUCGAUGUGCAGAAAACUCCCCCACAGGUAUCUGUCAGGCUUCCCUCGGGGUACUGGAGAGGUAACACGGUUUUAACUGCUGAGUCAUGCUGGGGCUCAAUCAUCAUCCUGCCGGCGUCGGUCGUGGUAACGUCGAUGAGAGUCUCUGGAAGACCCUCUCGAAACAAUGACAGGCUGGUGUAACGGUCGUUUCAGCAACUUCUCGGGAUUCUGUUGGACCUUGGCUGCGGCCUGUCGAUCCCACAGAUCUUUCGACUUUCGGCAAAUAUCAUCGAUUUGUUCCUAUCAAGUGUCAACCAACUGAGGACGUUUUUACAAACCAGCAGCGACCAACAUCUGUCAAGCAGGAUCCGGGAGUGGUGAUGAGGAAACCAUCCUCUCCCUACGUUCGAAUUCAUGAGCAAAGGAUAGCCGUUGGGCUAGCUUGACAAAGAGAUACCUCCAACGUGUAUGGGCGAACUGUAGCCUGGGGUCCUAGAUAAUACUGGAGUUCUUGAGUGAUGACUUUUCUGUGAAUGUCUUGAUGCGGGAUCCAGUAUUUGUUCAUUGAAGAGGACAUGGUCGCACAAUCGAUUCUACUGAGGAACCUACGAAUAUCGAGACAGGCUGGGAAGGAUAAAGUGGUAUGAACUGGGUCAAGGGAGGGUAUUUAUCCAAAUUUGGCACAGCCUGCUAAGUUACAAGAUAUGGUUACGAUGUGCCUGACGGUUAGAGGGUACCUUUCAUGCUAAUGUAUGCGAACCCAAGGUAUGUUAAUCUUUUGCGUGUGACUAUGCUCACCGCUCCACAGGAUGAUAUCCCCAACACGAAUUUGAAGGUCUUCAAGGGGUACCCAGAUUUGAUUUGCUGCAUGUGUUUUUUGUCGCUCCUUGUAACCGGAACCAAUAUGGCAGGAAACCCCUGCCAUACGCCGUGAGCCUUUGAAAGUGAGGCGAAUCAGGUGUGGUUGGUCAUUGGUGAGCGGCGUCCAGCGUCCGCCCUGCCAGCGUGGCAAAUAUCGAAUGGGUGCAUCUGGUGCCAAUAACGCCGUGUGGAGGGAAUUCAAAGGACGCUUGUUGAAUCCAGACUUUAUUACUCCUUAAAUACGUGUGUGAACAAGUAAAU